GGGGGAGGUGACGCUAUCGUAGCCAUGGUUUGCAGUGGCACAGCACCAAUUUAUCUGUUUUGAAAGGGGCACCAUGCUUCAUUUACAGAGGGGAAGCAGAGGUUUGGGGGAAUUGUGGGACUUGUGACGUAUCAGUAAUACAUCUAUCUAUUUGGGACUAAUCGGAAAUUCUAAUGGCAUGUCUUAAAAUGGUGGUGUUUAGGGAUAGUGAUAUCAUCCAGGAGGCUAAUCCCUUCUGGACCAAUGAGAGAGCCAGCUGUUGCCUGGAAAUAACUUCACCAACGAAUGCAACAUCCCAGGAAACUUCAUGUGCAGCAAUGGACGCUGCAUCCCCGGGGCCUGGCAGUGUGAUGGGCUGCCUGACUGCUUUGACGAGAGCGACGAGAAAGAAUGCCCCAAGCAUAAAUCAAAAUGUGGCCCUACUUUCUUCCCCUGUGCAAAUGGCGUCCACUGCAUCAUCGGCCGCUUCCGAUGUAAUGGGUUUGAGGACUGUCCAGAUGGCAGCGAUGAAGACAACUGCACAGCAAACCCCUUGCUGUGCUCUACAGCCCGGUUCCACUGCAAGAACGGUCUCUGUAUCGACAAGAGCUUUGUGUGCGACGGUGAGAAUAACUGCCAGGACAACAGCGAUGAGGAAGCAUGUGAGAGCCCUCAAGAGUCGGGCAGCGGACAGGUGUAUGUGACCCCAGGGAACCAACUGUUGUACUACCCCAGCAUCACCUACGCCAUCAUCGGCAGCUCGGUCAUCUUUGUACUGGUGGUGGCGCUCCUUGCCCUGGUUCUUCACCACCAAAGGAAGCGAAAUAAUCUCAUGACCCUGCCCGUGCACCGGCUCCAGCACCCCGUGCUGCUGUCCCGCCUGGUUGUUCUGGAUCACCCGCACCACUGCAGCGUCACCUACAAUGUCAACAACGGGGUCCAGUAUGUGUCUAACCGGGUCUACCACAACUCUGUGGACCUGGAGUCCCCCCCAUCCUACUCGGAGGCCGUCUUGGACCAAAGCCGACCCCCAUGGUUUGACCUUCCUCCUCCUCCUUAUUCUUCGGAAGCUGAAACUCUAAGCCAGACGGAGCUGCCUCCUUAUCGCUCACGGGCCGGCAGCACAGCCAGCGCCGAGCCCCCGGGGACUGGAAGCCUCCUGGGCCUAGAAGACGAUCAGCCUCGAGGCAGCGCCGGCAGCCCAGACCACCUCUACGCACCUCAGGAGAGACCACCAGAGCCUAGUGACUCUCUGCUCAGCUCCACAGCAGGGCGGGAUAUGUAAACUACAAUUAUUUAAAGUCCAUAUAGGUUCCUCUGCUGGGGCUUGUUACCAUGUUAAUCUCGUCAUGCUCUUUAGUGGCUAUCAAGGAGAUGUGUUAAAGGGCUGAUUAUCUUUUCAUUUUUUAGGAGGCUUGAUAUUUUUCUAACACCUUGGUAGACAUGUUUUAAGAUUUUUACUGGAACCUGAUAAAUACCUAUUUGUCACCCAUAGUCUCCCUUAGGUUAUUUUGUUGGAUGCAAAUUAAGUUCCAGCCUAGAAAAUCAGAUGCACCAACUCAUGUCUCUCCUGCUUUCCGAUGCUGACGUUUGAAUCUUAUGGAAGUCUGGACAUUUAUGACAGCAAGAGAAAACAGUGUUUGGGUGUCUUGAUGAGAGGUGAUAUUUAAGUGCUGGGUACUCUGCUUUGGAGAACAGAAAACCCCCACCAAAAUGAUACUUGGCUGUGCCACUAUCACAGUCUUCUGGUUUGGGCAAGCAAAUGCUAUCAGGGAGAAAUAUUAGAGGCAGGCAUUUACAAAGAGCCGCUAUUGUUAGGACAGUUUGCUCAUUUAGGAAUAUACUCCAGAGUUACUUUUUUCUGGCUUGUUUUUGAACUCUCUAUUCUUCAUGUGCAUUCAUUAGAAGUAUAAACCAAGUGCCUGGUUUUAUAAUAGGUGCUCUGGAUUAAGGUCAAAGAAAAUCGGUAGGACAAUCUCGUGUCCAUCGUGGACAGCUGAACAACACUGGAAAACCUUCAGGUUGGGUUCAUUCCACAUUGGAAAUCUCUUUAUAAGAUAUGUGGUUUGGGGGAAUUACUGCAAUCAUCGUCAUCAGCAUCAGGAAACUUUUUGAAGAGAACUAAUCACAAAGCACUCUUCUAGGCAUUAGAAAGUGCAAAGUGCCCUAGGAAGAACACAAAAACUGGUAGCUGUGCUGGUUUCCACUGUCCCAUUUAUAGGCAUUUGCCAACUCAGCCGGGCAUGCCUGUACCUCAGAGUGGGCUAGGAGGCUACUUUCCUUUGUCAUAUGACCAGCUUUCGGUCUAGACUGCCCAAUUCCAUUUCACCAUGGCAGCUGAUUAUACUCUUCCUCAUCCAAAUCAGUGGCACUCAAAAUCUAUGUUCCUGGUUGGCCAUUCAAGUCCCAGAAGCCUUGAACUAGAGCCGUGAGUGAAAUGGUUUGGAAACCCUAGACCCCCGUGACAGCAAAAAAGCAUUUAGUAAGUGGGAACUCCUGGUAGCCAGAAGGCUCUCUCUCUCUGUGUCCAGGAUUGCCUGCUCUCGUAUGCAGGGUCUAAAUAGCAAUGGUUCCGGGUCCCACUUUUCCUCUCUUCAUAAGCUGAUGGGUCCCAGGUUUCUCCCCUCUCCCCAGACCGGCCCCCGCAACCUAACAUUUUCUGUUUCUGGAGAAUGUAGUCAGGAGAUACAUUGGAAUCAAGGUGCUCCAUUUGAACUUUUGAUACAACGCAUUUGAAAUGGUGUGUUUAUUUUUUCCCUUCUGGAUAAGGGUCUAUUUAUAUGUGUAUAGAAGAGCUGUAUUUUUUUUUAACGCGGUCCAAAGAUAUAAAAGGAGAUUGUGCCUUUGCCAUCAAAAUGCCAGGAAAGCCCUUUGGUAACAAGUCACACUAGAUUAACCUGUGUGCUAGAAAUUUGUGCAUUGUUGCACUUUGGGGUUAUUAUUUAUCGUAUUCUCAAAGGACGCAGAACUAGGGACAUGUUUCUCUCUGAUCUGAGUCUCUGUGUUUGUGUGUUUGUGGAGAUUCAAUAUAGGCGUCUACGUGGGGUGGGGGACCCCAGCUUUCUUCUGGGAACAGCGGAAGGAUCAGCCAACUCCAGGGGAUGCAGAAGAUCACUGCAGAUUUCUGAUAGAGUCUGCUGGCCUCUCCCAAGAUAGAAGUGCGUGCAUCAUCACAUCAGAGGGUGGUGUUCCCACACCACUUCUAAGACAACUGGAAUUCAAUUGGUAGAACUUUGAGAAGCUCUUACUUGGAGAACUUAUCACUCAAGUCUUUCUCCCUAGAUAAAGUGCUUCAGAUGGCAUAUUGGACAUUCAUUAAAAUUUUAGCGGUAGGGGGAGACUUGCAGGGAAGGAACAGUAGUAAGCUCGCUGAAUUGACCUUGUUUUGUGGAUUCUUUUUUAGUGAAUAAAUCUGAAGUUGUGAAACAUCUGGCCACUAUGUGAUUAAUGAAGGAAAACUAGCUGUGGGUUGGCUUUCUUUUCCCUUUGAGGGACAUUAUUUUAAUCAUGUUUUGACUCUGCUCAUGAUAAUGGGAAAGUUCUUAUUCUAAGUGUGAGUUUUUGAAAAAAGCUUCAUCCUAAUGCAUAACUCCUCUAGUUCAUUUGGUUUUGUUUCCUCCCCUUUUUGAAGUAGUUGAAGGGACCAUUGGUGAUUCUGGUGGUUGAUUGGGAGAAGCAUUCCAGUUUUAAUUAAUAGUGCAUUGAGUUGAUCUCCUCUGUUUCAGGUAUCUUAGGAAAGACAACCUUAAUAGAGAAGGAAAAACUAAUAACGGUGAAAAGAACACAGGAAUGUUUUUAUUAAAGAUUGGGAUUUUUAAACUGAAUGUUUUACACAUAAGGGUACUAACGCUGUGAUUAUAUAUGUAAAUUGGUAAUCACAUGGCCAGCAGUAAUUUUCAUCGACUUCCAGCAAGAAGCGGGGUUUCACACACUACCCACAUCUACAGAAACAAGUAAAAAAAAAAUCUGUGCUCUGUUCUGUGAAAUAGAUUCCCUCAUGCUUGCUUGUUCUGUUAUUUUAGAGUUAAAAUAAUUCUGAUGCAAUGCAGAUUUUCCCUUCCUCACUAUCCAUCCUACUUCUCUCUUUUGGAAUUGGUGUUUUCUGUGGAAACCAGUCCGUGAGUGUGUUCUGGGCCACAUUCAAUGUUAAACUGGAAAGAUUUGUGGUUUCCAGUUCUCUACUCUUGAAUAAACUUUUACAUUCGCCCUUGUCGAGGUUUUACGUGAUACUGCUGCAAAUGUCCUCCACAGUAUGGGUAAUUGUCAGUUACUCACUGUACUUCUAAUUUCCAAAUCCUGCUGUUUGUCUCCCUUUUCGUGUUCUGUUUAUAUUGACAUACACUGUUCUCGCUGUUUCUUUGAAUGUUUUAUUCCAAAGUUGUUUGUACAAAAAAGUAAUAACAGUGUUUUUAAAAGAUA